AUGACGGCGAUCCUCAGCCAAAUGACUGACCAGCACUACGCCGCCUUUCUGGAAACCUUCAACAGGAAUUCUGAUCUGGUGGACUUUCUGAUGGAGUCCUUCGUACUCUUCAAAGAGCUGAUUCGGAAGCAUGUGUACCCGUGUGACUGGAUGGCCAUGAUCAUGGUUCAGAACAGAGUUUUUCUCAGAGCCAUCAACAUCUACGCAGACACCAUGAACCAGAAAUUCCUGAGUGAUAAUAACUUUGAAGUGCAGCUCUGGAAUAACUACUUCCACUUGGCGGUGGCAUUUAUUACCCAGGAGUCAUUGCAGCUUCAGCACUUCUCUCCCACCAAGAGGAACAAGAUUCUUGCAAAGUAUGGUGAUAUGAGGCUUCUCAUCGGUUUUGCAAUCCGAGACAUAUGGUACAAACUAGGCAAUCAUAAGAUCUGCUUCAUUCCUGACAUGGUUGGUCCAAUCCUUGAGAUGACACUUAUCCCAGAGGAAGAGCUGAGAAGAGCCACGAUCCCCAUCUUCUUUGACAUGAUCACUUGCGAACAUGAGUAUUCUGGGAACUUCCACAAGUUUGAGAAUGAGAUUAUACAGAAGCUAGAUCAUGAGGUGGAAGGAGGAGGCGGAGAUGAGCACUAUAUGCAACUGCUGGAAACUAUCCUGCUUGACUGUGCCGUGGAAAAACACACGCUCUGGCCCCAGAUUCAGCACUUUGUUGCAUUGGUCAAAGGACUCCUGAUCCGCCUUCUGGACUAUCGCACUGUGAUGAGCGAUGACAGCCGCAACAACCGCAUGAGCUGCACUGUCAAUCUCCUGAACUUUUACAAGGAUAUCAACCGCGAGGGGAUGUACAUCAGGUACCUCUACAAGCUGCGGGACCUUCACCUGGAGGGGGAAAACUACACCGAGGCGGCCUACACGCUGCUGCUGCACACCCGGCUGCUCAAGUGGUGCGAUGAAAUGUGUACCCCCCAGUUUGAACUUCACGGCUCUCAGACACAGAGACAGCUUAAAGAAACGCUCUACGACACCAUCAUCGACUACUUUGACAAGGGCAAGAUGUGGGAAGAGGCCAUUACUCUGUGCAAAGAGUUGGCAGAGCAGUAUGAAAAUGAGCUGUUCGACUACGAGCUUCUCAGCAAGAGACUGGAAAAACAAGCCAAGUUCUAUGAAAAUAUUAUGAAGAUCCUGAGACCCAAGCCCGACUACUUCGCUGUUGGAUUUUAUGGUCAGGGCUACCCUCCAUUUCUAAGGAACAAGGUGUUUAUCCAUCGUGGGAAGGAGUAUGAGCGGCGAGAAGACUUCCAGAACCAUCUCAUGUCCCAGUUUCCCAGUUCAGUGCGGCUGAACACAACCACCAUGCCCGGACCUGACGUGCAAGACUCCCCUCUGCAAUACAUACAGUGCUUCACUGUGCAGCCUGUGCUGGAGAUCCCCCCUCGUCUGAAGAACAAACCAGUGCCUGACCAGAUUAUCAACUUCUACAAGUCAAACUACGUGCAGCGCUUUCACUACUCGCGGCCUGUGAGGAAAGGACCUGUGGAUCCCAACAAUGAGUUUGUAUCCAUGUGGAUUGAGAGGACCACCUUCACCACAGUUUAUAAGUUGCCCGGAAUUCUUCGCUGGUUUGAGGCGUCUGACAUUAAACAUACAACCUUGUCACCGCUGGAGAAUGCCAUUGAGACAAUGGAGUCCACAAACGAGAAGAUCCUGGCCAUGAUUAACCAGUAUCAGUCUGAUACCCCAUUACUUGGAGCAGGGAUCUCCCUCCAUGGAAAAAGAGUGACAGACGACCUCCGGCCUUUCCACGAGCGCAUGGAGGAGUGCUUCAAGCAGCUGAAGAAGAAAGUGGAGAAGGAGUACGGAGUGAGGGAGCUGCCUGACCUGGAGGAGAGAAAGUCCACCCGUCCUCGCUCUAUGCUGCGAUCUUACCGUCAGUCAGUUAUCUCCAAUUCAUCAUUGCAAGGCACUGAAUGUGGCACCCCGACCAGGCUGCACGUGGACAGGGAUAUGCCACCAGAGUCGCCUGUGUGGCCGUGUGCUCUACCACACUCCAGCGGCAGUCUGAGCACAAACACAGGGGAAGACAUAGUCACCGUGGGCGACACUGAUGUCAGGCUGAGGAAGAGCAAGAAGAAGAAAAGGGGCAGCAUGAUCUUUAUAACUGAAGAGAGAGAGCGGACUGCCACUCUGGAUACCAAAAGGCUGUCCAAAAAGCAGGAGUUCCGCAGUGACACGAACCUGUGUUCUCCGGAAGAGGGAAGUGUGAGGCUGACCAACUCCAGAUCCCUGCCGGCCAUCACAGGUCUCUCACUGUCAGUGGUGGGCAGUUCAGAGGAGGUGGACAGUGCCCGAGCGAGACGGGACAGCAAGAGCGUGUCCGUGUGCCUGCCAUCGGACCGAACAGCCAACAGGAGAUCUAAAGGAGUCAUCAAUCUGUUCUUCAAGACCAAGAGUUCCAAGCCGGAGGACGCCAAACACAGUGAUCCAGCCAAAAAGAACAGUCAACAUUUCUGA